AUGAGCAAUGUUUCCCUGAGGCCCAGGUUGUGGGUCUUCCAGUCACACUGUCUCUCUGUAGAUCCACAAACCAGCUAUUAUGCUGUGGCCGUGGUGAAGAAGGGCAGUGGCUUCCAGCUGAACCAGCUUCGAGGCAAAAAGUCCUGCCACACAGGCCUUGGCAGGUCUGCUGGGUGGAACAUCCCCAUGAGCACACUCUAUUCCGAAUUGCCCGAGCCACAGAAAUCUCUUCAGAAAGCAGCGGCCAAUUUCUUCGGGGGCAGCUGUGUCCCUGGUGUGGAUCCGAAUGCCUACCCCAAACUGUGUCAGCUGUGCGCUGGGAAAGGGAAAGACAAGUGUGCCUUCUCCCACCAUGAACCGUAUUUUGGCUACUCGGGUGCCCUCAAGUGUUUGAUGGAUGGUGCUGGAGAAGUGGCCUUUGUCAAGCACUUGACGGUAUUGGAUGAUCUCCCAAACCAGGCUGACAGGGACCAGUACGAGCUCCUCUGCAGGGACAACACCCGGAAGCCAGUAGAUAAAUAUGAGGAGUGCCACCUGGCCACUGUCCCAUCCCAUGCCGUUGUGGCCCGAAGUGUAGACGGCAAAGAGGACUUGAUCUGGGAGCUUCUCAACCAAGCCCAGGAACAUUAUGGCAGAGGUACAUCUGGAGACUUCCAGCUCUUCAGCUCUUCUGAGGGGAAGAACCUGUUGUUUAAGGACUCGACCCAAGGGUUUUUAAAGGUUCCCCCUAAGAUGGACGCCUGGAUGUACCUGGGUUAUGAGUAUGUCUCUGUAAUGAAGAAUCUGAAGGAAAAUACACGCCCAGAUCCCUCAACAGCUGGAUGCAAUACUGUGAAGUGGUGUGCAAUAGGCCACCAGGAAAGACUCAAGUGUGAUGAGUGGAGUGUAAACAGUAAAGGGAAAAUAGCCUGUGAAUCAGCAGAGACCACCGAAGACUGUAUUGCCAUGAUCAUGAAAGGAGAAGCUGAUGCCAUGAGCCUGGAUGGAGGCUUCAUCUACAUCGCCGGCAAGUGUGGACUGGUGCCUGUCCUGGCAGAGAACUACAAAACUACCAGUAAUUGUGUGAACACACCAGAAAAAGGAUAUUUGGCUGUGGCUGUGGUUAAGUCAUCAUCACCAGAGGACCUCACAUGGAACACUCUACAAGACAAGAAGUCCUGUCACACUGCAGUAGAUAGAACUGCUGGCUGGAAUAUCCCCAUGGGCCUGCUCUACAACAGGCUCAAUCACUGUGAAUUUGAUAAAUUUUUCAGUCAAGGCUGUGCCCCUGGGUAUGCAAAAACCUCCAGUCUCUGUGCUCUGUGUGUUGGUUCAGCAAGUGUUCCAGGAAAGGAGUGUGAACCAAACAACAAUGAAAGAUACUAUGGCUACACAGGGGCACUCAAGUGUCUGGUUGAAAGUGGAGACGUGGCCUUUGUGAAAGAAGAGACUGUCUUGCAAAACACUGACGGGAAGAACACGGAAGAGUGGGCUAAGAACCUAAAGCAGACAGAUUUCAAGCUGCUGUGCCCUGAUGGCACCAGGAAGCCUGUGUCCGAGGCUGAGAACUGCCACCUAGCCCGAUCUCCAAAUCAUGGUGUGGUCUCAAGGCAAGAUAAGGCAGCUUGUGUUCGCCAGGUGCUACUUGAACAGCAGGCCCUAUUUGGAAAAAAUGAAAAUGACUGCUUGAGCGACUUUUGUCUAUUCCAAUCUAAAACCAAGGACCUACUGUUCAAGGAUGAUACAAAAUGUUUGGCCGAACUUCAGGAAAGAACAACGUAUGAAUCCUAUUUAGGAGCGGAGUAUGUCACGGCUGUGGGUAACCUGAAACAGUGCUCAACUUCAAAACUCCUGGAAGCCUGCACUUUCCAUAAACAUGUAACUCCAAAAACGGGACCAUGA